AUGGGUGGCGAGAAGAGCUGCCGCCACGUGGGGCAGGCCGUGCGUCUGCCCGAAUUCCGUCGCGAGCUCAAGAAGCGCUCGCAGCUGCUCUGUGAGGGUUGCAAUCCACCGUCAACGAGCCGCAUCGAUGCCGCAGCGCUCCAGAGUUGGGACAAAUACGCAGAGGCCACAGACCUGCUCGUGUGCGUGAGCUGCGGCUUCGUGGGCUGCUUCAGCGACGGCCACUUCAGUCUCCACUUACAGGCUCAUCCCAAGCAUUUGGUGGGGCUGCAACUGGCCUCCAAGACCUUCUGGUGUGAGCCUUGCAACAUGGAUAUCCCCAUCAACGUACGUCCUAAAGUAGAGAACGCGCGACAGGAUUUCUGUGACGCUGUGGAGGAAAUUGCAGCCAAGAAGAGAAGACAGCUGCGUAACCAGAUACGCGCUCCACAGACGACGUUAUCGCCUAUUACGACGCCCAAUGGGUCGGCCAAUAACCUGCUGGAUCUAGAGACUCACGCAGACACGCCUCCGAUGCCCAGAGGGGCCUUAACACUCGAGAAAAAGAGUGCAAACGACGCAGAAGGACAUGUUAACGGCAAUGGAGUGGCUUUACUGGAUAUGCCGUUAAGAACCAAGGCCAGAGAGGACAAAAUGCGACGAAGGAUGUUAAAAACAGCCAUGAAAAGAGACCCAAUACAGGACAUCAGUAUCCCCUCAGCAGAUACUGAAGCAUCGGGAGAAUUACCCAAUACGGUGCUGGGUUUUACGAAUUUAGGCAAUACGUGCUAUUUCAACGCGUCGAUGCAGGCGCUGCUGACAGCGACGCACUAUUUCCCGGAACAUACGCACAUUGAGGAGGUGCUGGAGACGAAGAAUACGCCUAUUACGACGACCUUCACGAUGCUGCAUGAAACGGUGAAGAAGCGUGCACGUAAAGCUCUUGCCGGCGAGCCACCAGAUAGACGAGGGAGGAGUAAGAGCGGUCGAUCGCGAUCCGGUUCGUCUUCAUUGUUGACUGUAGCCCCGUUACUCAAGGAGAUGCGCAAUAAGUUCUCACAGUUCCGCGGACAUUAUCAACAGGACGCGCACGAGCUGUUUACUAGCUUUUUAUGGGCGAUUGACGAGGAGAUGGACCCUCCUUUACCUCCAUCUGAAGCUGUUGACGACAGUGUUACGACCAGCAGCUGCAGUACUGCCAACUCGUCGGAAUUGCCUGACGAUGAGGACUCUUCUCGUAAUGGCACGUGGCCUGAAGACGACACGACGGACACUGAACAGACCGAAGACGGAGAGCAGGAAACAGAGGAAGAAGGCAGCGAGAGCGACGUGGAACAGGAAGAAACCAAGCAGAUCUUCGUCAAGACUGAGACUGGAGAGACCAUCUCGAUGCAGGUGCCCAAGAGCGCGACAGUGAAAGAGGUGCAGCAUUUACUGGCCAAGAGACUGAAUCUCAACGAAGAAGAUAUGAUGCUAGACGCUUCUAAAGUGGAAACGCGCGCUACGUUAUCCUCCCGCCCAUCGGCUGUGCUUCACGCUAGAGCGGAGAAGAGAAAAAUGUACUCAAGACUGAAUUUUACGCGUAAUUUAUUCGGCGGCGCACUGACGACUGCGGUGACGUGUCAAGCAUGCGGCAAGCGGACGGAGAUCGUCGAGGACGCCUUCCAUCUCAGUGUAUCUGUGCCCGAUGGACGUCACCGUGAUCUAACGACUACGGACUGUCUGGACGACUUUGUGAGGGAGACCCAGUUGCUCGUAGAAGCGAACAAUGGCUACGACUGCGAGAAAUGUUCUCGUCAGCCCAAAGUACGCAGCGCUGCGGGCAGGUUUAUACGUAAGAAGCGUCUGGGAUCCAACGCUGAGCCCGAGAUGGAGGUGGUUUUACGAGAUGCGUCCAUGCAGCUGUUUGUAUCGGCCUUACCUCGAGUACUUGUGGUGCAUAUCAAGCGUCUGGCACGUUCCAGGAAGAUCACGCAGCAUAUUUCGUUCACUGAGAAGCUGGAUAUGACGCCAUAUGUGAGUGAGACGCUGCGUCAAGGCGGAGGCGAUGCCAAGAACCACUCGCUGUGCUAUGAACUCAUUGCUGUAGUGGUGCAUAUGGGCAACAAGCGGUCAGGACACUACGUGGCGUACGUUAGUCGCUCUCGACGACGUGAAGCGCUGUUACUCGCUCGAGCUCGCAGCCGAUUGGCGUCAGAGGAAGGAGCUGCGGAGGCUACGACGCCUAGGAACAGUGAGGGCCCCUCGCGGACGUGGUACUAUGUCUCGGACACCGUCGUCAAGCGCGUGUCUUUCGAGCAAGUACUGCAGUGUGAAGCCUAUAUGCUCUUCUACCAACGUCGACCCAAGUCGAACAAGACGCCGACAAAUUCUCCUACUGCCGAGACGCAACGAUCGCCGACCGAGACGGCAUUGUAG